AUGGCAAAAACAUUGGCUCAAGGGAGGAAACCUGGUAGUGGUAGAAAACCAGGUAAAGGUAAAACUUUAAGAGAAGGUAGGAAACCUGGUAGUGGUAGAAGGCCCAAGAAUGCUACUGCAGCAACAGCAACUACAUUAACAUCAAAUAUCAACAAAUCAAAUAAUUCUGCUGGUAUUGGUAUCAACUCUACUAUUAACACAGGUACAAGAACAAAAUCAUCGACAAAUUCUAGAGGUAAAAAUUCAAAAUCAAAGGCAAAUGCAAAGGUUCAUCUAGAUGAUGUUAAUGCAAACACCAUCCCUGUUUCGAUGAUGAACAACAUUGUCAAUGGUGUCAAUCUAUUAGGAACAAUGCAGAUAACGCAAGAUAGUUUUAAUGAGAACAUCAUGCAAAGAAAGCAAUCGAAUAAUAAUAGACGUAAUAACAACAAUAACAACAACAACAGUAAUAAUAAUAACAAUAAUAAUAGUAUAUCGACUCGAGAUUUAGAGGCUUUGGACGCUCUAAGAGAAUUAACUACGAGUCCUACUUUUGCAACACUAAACGACAUCACUCUAUCUAAUAACGUUAAUGGCAUGCCAUUACCUUUACCUAGAUUAGAUGUGAUAACACCCCAGAGACCACUUCUACAUCAUUCUCGAUUAUUAUCAAAUGAUAAAUUAGAUCAAAGAAAUACAGAUUUCCUUACAGGGAACCCUAAUCUAAUUAACACUGCACAUUUAAUUAACGAUCACACUACAAUGGCACCCCAUAAUAUAGGCUUACCACAUAUUAAUAAUGCCAUCAAUGAUACAAGUAAUAUAAUGAACAACCAAUCACCAUAUGGAACAAAUAGAAACUCAAAUAAUUCAACAUCACAUAAACGCCAUUAA